GAUCAUGAUGAUGAAUCCUCCGAGGUGUACCGAAUGCAUCUGCAGCUGAUUUUGGAGCUGUUUCAAACAUCAUCAUGGACAUAUCUUUUCACGGCAAACGGGCACUCGUGACAGGUGCUGGUAAAGGUAUUGGACGUGAAAUUGCAAAGAAGCUAGUAGAAUGUGGAGCAGAAACGUUUGCCCUCAGUAGGACACAGGCAGACCUGGACUCCUUAAAGUCUGAGGUACCUAGCAUGAACAUUGUGCAGGCUAAUUUACAAGACUGGGAUGGUUCAAGGAAAAUUGUUGAACAGCUUGGUCCCAUUGAUCUUCUUGUCAACAAUGCUGGAGUGGCGAGGAAUGCUCCAUUCCUGGAGGUCAAGAAGGAGCAACUUGAUUUUACAUUUGACAUUAACUUGAAGGCUAUAGUAAAUGUAUCACAGGUGUGUGUAAAAGGAAUGAUAGAGAGGGGACAAGGAGGUGCUAUUGUCAACAUGUCCAGCGUAGCUUCCACAAUGGCUUUUCAAGACUAUUCAAGCUAUGGUGCCUCAAAGGGUGCUGUAGACAUGAUCACCAAGAUCAUGUGUCUGGAACUUGGUCCACACAAGAUAAGAGUAAAUUCUGUGAAUCCGACUAGUGUAAGGACAAGGAUGAGUGAGAAAGGAUGGGGUGAUCCGGCUAAGUCUGGCCCAAAGUUGGCAAGAACUCCAUUAAAUAAGUUUGCAAAGUUAGAAGAUGUUGUGAAUGCCACUCUGUUCCUGCUGAGUGACAAGAGUGCAAUGGUCAAUGGUACCUCCAUGCUAUUGGAAGGAGGACUGUGUUGUAGCUAGAGAACCUGC